AAUUAGCCGGAAUUCAUUUGUAAAUCACCUCACCCGAAGUCAACUUCUGGCUAGUAGGAUAAUCAUUUUGUAAGAAAUCGAACUUGAAUGACCAAACUGCAACUCGUGCAAAGUUCAAUAACCUCAAGAAAGUAUUACAAGUAACUAACUUUUAGCUUAUUCUGAGUCUCUUACAUAGAUCAAAGCAGAAAUAGAAACUUUCCCUUCUCCAAUACAGACACCAAACACAGACGCAAAAAUGCUUCAAUUAACUUCAACAAAACCCCCAACUUACCUCCUCCAUUCCUUCAAUUUCCAAUCACACCUCCUCCCCACUUUCCCUCCCCUCUCCGCCACCCACCCAACUCACCUCCGCCGCCCUCCCCCUCUCCGAAUCCGCGCAAUCGACGCUGCCCAACCCUACGACUACGAAACCCACCUCAAAUCCCAACACCUCAAAUCCCAAUCCCUCAAAAUCGCCAUCAUCGGCUUCGGCAACUUCGGCCAAUUCCUCGCCAAAACCCUCUCCCGCCAAGGCCACACCCUCCUCGCCUACUCCCGCACCAACUACACCGACGCCGCCAAACAACUCAACACUCGCCUCUUCACCAACCCACACGACCUCUGUGAGAAUCACCCCGAUGUCGUCAUCCUAUGCACCUCAAUUCUCUCCACUGAAUCCGUUCUUAAAACGUUCCCGUUUCAACGACUCAAGAGGAAUACCUUGUUUGUCGAUGUUUUAUCCGUUAAAGAAUUCGCUAAGAACAUUUUGUUGAAAUAUUUGCCCGUUGAGUUCGAUAUAUUGUGUACCCAUCCCAUGUUUGGCCCUGAAAGUGCUAAGCUUUCGUGGGUUGGUUUGCCUUUCGUGUUUGAUAAAGUUAGGAUUGGUGAUAGUGACGAUCGGGUUAGUCGGUGCGCGAAAUUUCUCGAUAUUUUCGCCCGCGAAGGGUGUCGGAUGGUCGAAAUGAGCUGUGCCGAGCACGAUCGGUACGCUGCCGGGUCGCAGUUUGUGACCCAUACGAUGGGGAGAGUGUUGGAGAGAUUUGGGCUCGAGUCGUCUCCGAUUAAUACCAAAGGGUACGAGACUUUGUUGGAUUUGGUUGAGAAUACGGCGAGUGAUAGCUUUGAGUUGUAUUACGGGUUGUUUAUGUAUAAUCAGAAUGCUAUGGAGCAGUUAGAGAGGUUGGAUAUGGCCUUUGAGGGUAUUAAGAAGGAAUUGUUUGGGAAGUUGCAUCAGGUUUAUAGGAGACAGUUGUUUGGGAGUUCUGAAGGGUUUGAGGAUCGGCCUAAGAUUCAGAAGUUGCUACAUAAUGGUGCUCCUCCUGUUGAACCUCCUACCGGUAUUGUGGAACAGGAAAGAACUUGAAGAGACGGGCCUUUUUUGUGUACAUAACUUAAAGCCACAAUGUUACCUCCAUUUGAUCUCCCAUUAGGACUAGAAGGGCAUCUGAAACUGCGGGAAUUGUGAUCCAGUUCUUGUCUUUUAGGACUUGCAGGCCUUCAACAUCGUCUUGCAAGAUAACGGUGUACCCUGAUCCAUCUGCAUGGGCUUUCAAGCCAAGAAUGAGGUCAGGUCUCUGACAACGUGAAUAGUAAUUAAACCGUGCAUGUAGAGUUUCCUUUUCACCAAACUGAUUCAGGAAGCAAUUUUCCACUAAAUUCAAUGAUUUUGCCAUGGAUUUUGAAAGAAGCUCGGUUAGCAUUUUCAUCUCUGUAGUAUAGCCUUCUAAUACUUCUCUGCACAAUUGUAUAAAAUCAUGCGGGUAUGAAAACCUAUAAAAUCUCUCUUUGAAUGCAAAAUACCGCUUAAGAAAAGCCUUAAGAAUAGUCGCCUCCUGUGUGAUAAUGUAUGGGGUUCCUAAGAAUAGCGACUGAAGUUCUGAACUUUCUUAAGGCUCUUCCUGUAAAUGUUUGAACAAUCAAAAUACAGUAGGGAAGGUUGAAGAACCUGAAAGAUUUUGGAUUUUCAGGCCAAAACUUGAGAUUCCUCUGAUCUUCGGGGUAUACAGUAAGAAAAAGACGAUCAGACCAGUCUAGGGACUGACCUUCUGCAGGAACCGGGUCAGCUCCAUACCCUUCAAACUCUUCCACUAGUUUAGCAUGCCUUUGCUUCUCUUCUAUAGACUGUUGAAAGAAUUCACUAGUCACUUGUCGAAUCUUGUCUAGAGACGCUUUUGGAAUCCCGUGGCCUAUUACCUGAAUUCCCGGAAAUUCAUCAGGAUGUGUAGCUGACUUAAAACCAAACAUUUUUAAUGAAGACGUUGAGAGUUUAUACCUGAAUGCAACCCCAUGAAGAAAGAGCUGAUCUGAGUUUCUGAAGUUCAUCUUCUGCAGUGGAUGAAUCCGGUGAGAGGAGGCUGAGGUCAAUGAUCGGAGGCAUAUAUGGCGGUGGAACAGAAACAUCAUAUGUUGAAUCAUCUCGACCCAUGUACGGUUGUGGUGGUUCUUCACCAUGGAGUACCAUCUCCUGGACACGCCGUGAUAACAGAACUUGAGCAGGAGGAACAAUACUUCCAGCCAUGUUUGAUUGAAGAUACUAAACACAAUAUUGAGGCUUCAAGCAGUGUAAUCUGCUGCCUGAGUGUAGAGCUCUUGUUCUGGUUGUGCCAAAAUAAGUAUAGAGUGGCGAUGAGCAUGAGAAAAUUUGGAGGUUUCUGCUUAUCUCGUAGUGAGCCAUGCUUUGAUCCAUCGUAUAUCAACUAAAAGUUAACGCGUGUAUAGCUUUACGACCAAGUUGGCUAGCCUAGGUUUUGGAUGAGCUCACAGAAAAACAGAAAAUUUUGAAUAUGAUGUUUGAUAGUCAUGCGACAGAAGCAAAAGCUAAAUUUGCAGACCACCACCAAAAACAUUCAGCAGUUUUAUGAUCUUAUCUUAUCCAUUACUUUUAACUUAAUAUGAAUAUAUUAUCAUCCAAGAAAAAAUUAUAUGAGCAGAUUACUCUUUAACAUUUGUGAUAUUCACUAUAUUUCACA